AGGGGUGCUUCCAGGCCGCUCACACUCUUGAGUGAGGCUCGGCGUAAGCAUCAGCAAUCAUGUCUAGUGACAAAUCCAAAUCCUCUUCCCAGACUGAUGGGAAGGCUGCUCAGAGCAAGAAGUCAGAGUUCGGCCUGACUUCUUACAAGAUGUUGGUGUUCGACCAGGAGAACUUCCAGGGCCGCAUGAUUGAGAUCAGCAGCGAGGUGAUGAACAUCUGUGAGCUGGGCAUGGAACGCGUGCGCUCUCUCCGUGUGGAAACCGGCCCAUUCGUGGGCUUUGAGCAGAUAAAUCUCUGCGGUGAGAUGUACAUCCUGGAGAAGGGCGAGUAUCCUCGCUGGGACUCCUGGAGCAACUGUCAGAAGAAUGACUACCUACUGUCCUUCAGGCCUGUUCGAAUGGACCCUGAUAAGCACAAGAUCUGCCUGCAUGAAGUGGGAGAGUUCAAGGGCCGCAAGAUGGAGAUCAUGGACGAUGACGUCCCCAGCCUGUUCUCCUACGGAUUCACCGACAGAGUGGGCAGCAUCAUCGUCAGCUGCGGAACCUUUGUGGGUUACCAGUUCCCCGGCUACCGUGGUAGUCAGUACCUGCUGGAGAAGGGCGAGUUCAGGCACUUUAACGAGUACGGCGCCCGCACCCCUCAGCUGCAGUCUGUGCGCCGUAUCCGCGACAUGCAGUGGCACCAACAAGGCUGCUACACCCUGGCCACCAAGUGAGGCUCGGGAAAGGAGAGAAAGAGAAAGAGCGGAAGUGAGGGAGAGGGGCGCAAGAAGAGGGGAAGGGGAAGAGACGUCUAAGGCCUUACCUGAUCACGGCCGAAAAGCAGUGAGGCUCUCCUUGACCUGGACCUCAUCUCGUGGAAAGGAUAUCCAUUCCUCACUGUCCAUUUUUCUCUUUCUCCCCUAUGGGCUGAGCUUAGUUUCUCCCCUUUCUCUCCCCCCCCCCUUUUUUUUUUUUUUUUUAAUGUUUAGUCCCUAUCUUCAUUCUCCUACAAAGCUCUGAAGAAGGAACAAGACACCUAUUGCAAUUUUACACAAGAUUCGUGAUUCAGGGUACAAUGCACUAUGGGAAAAAGAGUCUUUAGCACCUCCUGCUCUGGCCCCUGUGUAUUGCACAUACACUCUGCUGUACAGAAUCCUGGCCAAGUUUUCAAUAAAAACAACAAUUGUUUCAAAGA